AUGUGGACGCUCUUGAUGAAGAGAUUCGCUCGGGGUCACAUGUCUGCUUCGCAAGUCCAGGAGAUCGCGAAGGCUGCCAUGGACAGCGGCGCCGACAGGUCGGAUGUGAGGGCGCUUGCGAGGCUCGGCGCUUACGGCAAUCAGAGCGGCAACUGCCACCGAGACUUGACGAGGGCCUACUUCUCAGAUCUAGCUGCCCCGCAGCCGAUGGAUGUGCUGACGAAUUUACGGGUGAGAGGCGACGAUGGGCAAUUUGCAGAGCAGGAGGUUAACGUAAGUAUUUUGUGCCCCCAUGAUUGGGCGCAGUGCCUAGGCGCCCACGACAGGCUCGAUGAGGUCGCGGGCAGCGCAGCUGACGCGAGCGAGUUCUGGGCGGUCCAGGAUUUCAGCAAUAAUCCUCAGUAUAAGCACAGCCCAUACUUUCAAACGCUCGCUCGUGAAGCCACGGCGAAACUUCCGAAGGCGGUAAUUACUGUGAUAGCGGGUGACAUCGAAUGGUUCUGCCAGGAAUUUGGUUUCCCCUAUGCCAUGUCCAACUACCCCUGCGCAUAUUGCACGAGCGACAAUUGCACGCCUCCUGGGCCAAACCCAUUCACAGAUUUCAGGCGGGAUGCGAAAUGGAAAGCAACCAUGUUAUCGCACAGAGACUUGCGCGCCAAGUUCAAACACAUACUUUUCGACAGGGUGCCGGGGGUCAGUUUCUACACGUUGAAGCUUGACUGUCUCCACGUACUGGAUUUGGGAGUGGCAUGCCAUCUAUACGGGAACCUGAUGUGGGAGAUCUUGGAGGACGAGCUUCCUGGCAACAGGGAGGCGUCUACGGCUACAUUAAACAAGGCGAUCACACACGCAUACAACGAGCUAUCCGUUCCAGCCGCGCAGAGAAUACCCAAGCUCGAUGCCACCGACAUCGCCAAAUCAAACGAGGUGUUCCCAUUGCUGAAGCACGUGAAAGGACGGAAG